CUCUCUCUCGCGCGUGACCCACUACCGCCUUCCUUAGUCUCGUGGACGUUGGAGUACCAGCUUCCAGGCUCUCUUUCCUUUCCUUCUUUGACUAGGCUCCUUUUUGCUCCUUCAUUCUUCUGUAUAUAAGAAGGAAAGAAUCUGUAAAAGCCUAUUCAAUUCCAUUCAAUUACUUCUUUAUUUUCCUAUUGCCAGUUUGUACUUCUCUCUGCCGUUCUUCAGUUACUCUCUCCUUCAAUUGAAAUAUGGCGGAGAGCUGAAUCAGAAACGCCAAGUUUCGAGAAAUUCCUAUCUGGGUCUUCUUCUUUUUCUUAUUUUCCUUGAAGAUCCUUGAGUUUUCGAUGCGGAGAUGGCAUAGAAUUCAAUAGAAUCGUCAGAAGCAAGGUGCUUUGAAGUAUUGAGUAGGAAUUCAAAUAAACCGCUCGAGUUAGAAGACCCAGAAGUUUGUUGAGUUCUCUAGGCGACAGAGACAAAUUCUUCGACAGAAUCAUUGGAGUUGUAGAUGCAGAAGGUUCAAUUGGAAAUUUUCCGUUGGAGGCAGACAAGAUAUUGCUGAUAGGAACAUAUGAUAUUGUUGAGGUUUGAUUCAAGACAGAUCUACAAUUCUGUAGAAUCCUUGAAAUAAAACACAGAGAAGAUAGAAGACCCGAAACCAUUUUUUUUUUUCUUUUCCACCGUUAAAGGAUGCAGCCUCAGGUGGCUCCGUUACAGGAAGGAAAGGAUUCGACCGCCAGAGCCCCGUCCAGGGCUUUCCAAUUAAAUCUCCUCAAGUUCUUUGCACUGUUUUUGAUUCUGGGUCUUGGGGCUUCUGUCCUUAGCAUGUACAUGAUGCGGCAGUUUGGAGCUCUAAACCUUGUUCCCACACCAAGCUCUGUUUAUCUGCCAUGCGUUGAAGAAUCAACUAAUCUCGAUCGUUGGAUCAAACCCCCAUCUAGUUUGAUGCACUCAAUGAAUGAUGAAGAGCUAUUUUGGCGUGCGUCUUUUGUUCCUCGCAUAAAUAAGUAUCCCUUUAGAAGGGUUCCUAAGGUUGCGUUCAUGUUCUUGACAAGAGGGCCUUUGCCACUAUCUCCUCUCUGGGAGAGGUUUCUAAAAGGGCAUGAAGCGCUUUACUCAAUCUACAUCCAUUCGCUGCCAUCUUACCAUCCUGAUUUCUCGUCGACAUCAGUAUUCUAUCGACGACAGAUCCCUAGCAAGGUGACAGAGUGGGGGCAGAUGAGUAUGUGCGAUGCGGAGAGACGUCUCCUUGCAAAUGCAUUGCUUGAUAUCUCCAAUGAAUGGUUUGUCCUCCUGUCCGAGUCGUGCAUCCCUCUCUUCAACUUCAGCAUCAUUUACACAUAUUUUUUGAGAUCCCGGCAUAGUUUUGUCGGUGCGUUCGAUGAUCCCAGCCCGCAUGGAAGAGGACGUUACAACCCAAGAAUGGCGCCUGAGGUCAACAUCACAGAGUGGCGUAAAGGGGCCCAAUGGUUCACUGUUAAUCAGAAGAUUGCAGUUAGUAUGGUUAGAGACACCAAGUUCUACCCAAAAUUUAAGGAAUUCUGUCGACCAGGAUGCUACGUUGAUGAACACUAUUUCCCGACCAUGCUGACCAUCGAAGAGCCACGUCUCAUAGCGAACCGAAGUGUUACUUGGGUGGAUUGGUCAAGGGGUGGGGCCCACCCCGCAACGUUUGGGAAACCCGAUAUUACAGAGGCAUUUCUAAAUAGAUUGCUUGAGGGCCAUAGCUGUUUGUACAAUAACCAGCCCUCUUCGGUCUGUUUCCUUUUUGCUCGGAAGUUUGCUCCCAGUGCUUUGGAGCCUCUAUUGGAAUUCGCACCCAAGUUCUUUGGGUACGGCUGAUGAUGAAAGUGUCACCGGAGAAACAAUGGCAGCAGAAGAAGAGCUGACAAAGAUCGUGAAUACAACAAGGUCAUUUGUGAAAUUCUUGAGAAUUUAUUACAUCAAGGUCGGUUCUGAAAUGCACCCUCUUUAGUAGAUAGAAGUCACCUUCUUAUACGUAGGUUUGCUAGCCCCACAUGCACCGUCUACAUACAGUUUUACACACAGCGCACGUGCUAAGCCCACAUGCAUGUGGGUCAUCUGAGUCCUGGAUAGGGCAGGCCUCGAUGCGAAAAUGAUCUGUGCGAACAUUAUGGCAGCCCCACUCAUCAUGUGCAGAAACCCUUCAUGAAAUGAUGGACGGUUUAGAGAAAACUCGGUGAAGGUCUGGAUAUGAAGCAUGUGCAUAGCCUGCCUCAUGAACAGACACCUGAUUCUUACGUCCCACAGCGGAUCCAACCUCAUACAUGGUUACUCCUACAUGUGUGCCAGUUUGUCACAUGAAGGUGUGCGUUGGGAGGGUGCAUGUGGGGCUAGCAAAUCUCUCAUAUAUAAGCUUACACACAUAAAUUAGCAACUGUAUUUCUCCACAGCAUUUUCAGAUGUACAAUUAAAACUAUUGCCCGCCUUUUAUAAUAUCAUCGAUUCUCUCGUGGUUUUCAAAAUU